AUGAACAUCGAAAGAAUUUGCGCUCUGUUUGUUCUUAGUGUGAGCUGCGUGUGGGCAAGGAUCAAAAUAGAUGCCUAUUUCACCAGAAUUGAAUGCCCGAAUUAUUUGCCGGAAUUAGUAACCAAUCUCAGCUGUCAUUUGGACCAUUCAUCCCAAUCCAAUGGAACAUUUUCGGCCGAAUUUACAUUGGCCAAAGAUGUAAAGGAUAUAAAAGGCAUUUAUAUGUUUUCCAUUAUAAGAGGAUCAUCCGAAAAUAACUAUACGGCAAUAGAAUUGGACUAUUGCAAGGCAUUAUCAGAUUUACAAUCACAUUUCUUGCUAAAAAUGAUUGCCGAUGAGCUGCGAAAGUCCGCAAACUUUCCUCUUCAAUGCCCCUUUAAAAUGAAAAAACUAUACUAUAUUAAUAGAUAUACAAUCAACACGAAAGCUAUACCCAGCUAUGCCCCAGAACUCAGCUUCAAGUCGGACUGCCACAUAAGCCUCAAUAAACGCAAAGCUAUUCAGUUAAUUAUCCAUGGCCGUGUUAUUCGACGUCGAUCGGGUCGUUAA